GGAAUGCAAGGUUAGUAAUGUUAUACUUGUGUUUGAAAACUGCACGGCACCGAUUUUAAUUUGUAUUUUAUGAAAUUUUAAGAAAAAGGCUCCCCGCCAUUGUUUCUAAUGAAAAGACUUGCUUAUUGAUGGAAAUUUCUCUGAAACCCCGGUUAGAAGUUGAGAAGAUGAGCGCCAUGAAUAGAGCCAUUUAACAGAGAAAUUAACACUCCUGCACUCCGCCCUGCAUUGUCCACAGUUUGAAAUUCAGCAUAUAUAUCUGAGGAGAGAGAAGAUAGAAACCGCUUGAGAAAGCUGGAGUAUUAACAACGCGCCCAGGUCUUUUUUUUUAACCUCCUUUAAAAUCGAUCUGCUUUUUUUAUAAUUUAAUUGUUGAAACCCGCAGUCCUUCUUGUGCUUGUGCUUGCCAUGGGGACUGCUCAGUUUGGUACACUGCUCCUUUUCUUCACUAACUGGCUGCUCAGUGUUCACGCCGCUUCGGGAGAGUACUGCCACGGCUGGUCUGACAGUAACGGGAGCUGGCACUCGGGGUUCCAAUGUCCCGAGAGAUACGAUAACCGGGAAGCCACUUUAUGUUGCGGAUCGUGUGGUCUCAGGUAUUGUUGCUCCCUGCGAGAUAAUCGACUGGACCAGGGCGUUUGCAGCAAUGAUAACAAUGUGCAUCAGGAGCCAAACUCAUACAGCAGGUCAACAUCAGACUACCAUCAUCACAUAUCGGAUCUGAACUAUGGAAGUUACAGUAAAAGACUUAAGAAUAUAUAUGCUGACAUAUUUAUGUACGUCAGAAGCUUAUGCAAACCAAACGGAUUUAAUCCCCAAGCUGUGCUUAGUGAACUGAUUUUUGGCUGCUCAUUGAAAUUGGUUUUAGUUCCUUUUGACUGGGUAGGGGAUGCGAAUGGAGGCGGUGGGGGAUGGUGGGGGAGGUGUGGGCGGUGUUGGGAAUCAUACAUGUUACACAGUUCUGAGGAAGACCAUACACUGCUCAACCCAUUGUACCAGCCUUAACUCUCAAAAUCAUUAUCCAUUUAGUCCCUAGUCCUUGCUCUUUCCUUGCAUUGUUUCAGAGUUUGAUUGGACCUCUACUUCCAAGAGAUGAUUCCAAGUCCUAACAGCUGCCUAUAUGUAAAGAAAAUUCUUCGAAACUUUAGCAUCAGAAGCCUACUCCACUACUGUGAAAGUCUACUCCAAUGAGACUAAACACUACCAGCAUAUUUGGGUUUGUUAAAAAUCUGUACAUGUUCUAAAAUGUAAUACUCUUGCUUCCUGGCAAUCGACAUCUGGUGCUCUUUCAAUUAGCCAUUUUUCAUGUGUGGAAUUUGGCAUGUGUUGGAAGUCACAUUAACAUGAGAAUAUCACAAAAUAUAACAUCAUCAUCUCACUGACAGGCACAUGCUGAUAAUGGUCAGGAUUGGGAAUAUUGGCUGAUUUUUCCAUUGCCUAAUAGAAGGACUACUGCAGCUAAGUUUCGAGUUCCAACUAUCGUCCUGGGAAAGAUCUAAUUCAGACCAACACAGGGAUUGAACAUUAGACCAUCUGGUCUCAUGCCUCAGAAAUUAUACCUUUGGUAGUGAGCUGUGAAGAAAGUGAAUUUGAAAUAAAAUGAAAUUUUAA